CUCCGAUCACGUUUUGUUGUUGACAUUUACAAUGAAGAACUUAAAACUUCUACUCAACUUGAAAAUACACUGUGAUGUAUUCGAAGACACUAAUUUAAUAGUUAGUGGACAAUCAUCGGCUGACAAUGAUUUAUCUUCAAAACUUGGUAAUGUGUUUGUGAUAUCAAAAAAUAUAUUGUAUUCUGCUGAUUUGAUUUCUGAAAAAGCUUCGAAAUAUUACGAUUUAGAGAGUUUAUUUCCUGACAAAAAUGUCCCCAAGACUAUCGGCAUGUGGUAUAGAGACUUGUACAAUACAAUAUAUAUUUGUUUUGAAAAUGGUGAGAUAUACUCUCUUAUAAUAGACAAUAACGGAGUGCAACAUUGUAGUAUCAGUCAUGAUUUGGAGUGCAAAGUUGUUGAUAUUCAGUGGAGCCCCGAUGAAGAACUUGCAGCAGUUGUCUGUGACAGUGAUUCUUUGAUUUUAUUGAAUUCUGAAUUCUUCUCACUUGCUGAGAUUGAUCUCAACGAUUCUUGUCGUGGAGAAAAUGAAUUGAUCAGUGUCGGUUGGGGAAAAAAGGAAACCCAAUUUCAUGGAUCUGAAGGGAAGAAUGCUGCUAAGUCGAAACCCACUUCUGUUGACCCGUCAUUCAUUGAAGACAAUCAUUCUGUUAAUUUAACAUGGAGAGGGGACAGUAAUAUGUUUGCUGCUAGUUACUGGUGCUCGGAAAAAAAUAUGAGGAAAGUUAAAAUUUUUAACAUGGAUGGAGUUUUACUAAGCACAAGCGAAGAUAUCUCUGGUUUAAAUGAACCUAUCUGUUGGAGACCAAGUGGAAAUUUGAUAGCUCUUCCUCAGCAGUUACCGAACAAAAAAGUUGUUUCUUUUCUGGAAAAAAAUGGUCUCAAACAUGGCGACUUCACUUUACCAGCCGACACAAAAGUAAAACAUAUCUCUUGGAAUGAAGGAUCAAAUAUUCUUUGCACAAUUUGUGAAAAUCAACAAAACCAUGCUGAAGAAGUUAUGUUAUGGGUCACUGGGAAUUAUCACUGGUAUAUAAAACAGAAGUUCAAAUUUGUAUCCUUAACUCGUAAUGUUUGGUGGGAUAAAGAACGGCCAAACAGAAUUUAUGCUCUGUGUGAAGGAGGGAUUUUACAAAUAUUAGAAUGGACGUCUUUGGUCAGUACUAGUUAUCAUUCGCAGUCUGAGGAUAAAUCAUAUGUUAGCGUUAUCGAUAAUAAUUCUAUUUUGCUGACAUCAUUCAAAGAAGCAGUGAUACCUCCACCAAUGUCUUCGUACAAACUGAAUUGUUCUGAUGCAGUGAAUCAUGUGAUGUUCGCUCCACUUGAUGGGGACCAACCUCAUAUGCUGUGUGCGAUUCUAUUUAAUGGCGAUGUUGCAUUUUUCAAAGACCCUCUAUCAAGUCCUACAAUUUUAUCUGAUUUGGUUCAAAAGCACAAUAUCUCUGAAGAGAUGAUUUCGCUGUCUCAUUGGGAAUGGGUUAGCCCUGACAUUUUAGUUUUUUGUUCUUCCGUCAAAAGAGAAACUCAUAUUCAUCAAUUGUCAAUCUCCCAAGAUGGUCUAGAAUUGAGAAAUGUUACAAAAUUUCAAGGAAACAUUAUAACAUGCAACAGAAGAGCAGAAAAACUUGUUAUUCAAACAACCGACGGGAAGUUAUUCAGUUAUAAUACUAAGUCUCUUGUCGUCACCGAGACUUUAUCUCUUAUUGAACCAUGUUAUGACAUCAAAGUGCAUUCUUCUGGUCUUUUCUGUUUGUCAGAGUUGUCUAGAUUAUACUUAAACAACGUCCCUAUUAACUUCCCUUCGAUAACUUGCAAGGUUACCUCGUUCAUUUUGAAAGACCCUUACUUAUUAGUGACUACAUCAUCACACAAAUUAGUGAUUUUACAGUGUAGUGAUUCGGAGAAUGUCGAAAUAUCUGAACGGAAGUUGGAAAGAGGCUCCAGGCUUGUCACUACUUUUGAUAAUUCUGUUGUUCUGCAGGCUCCCAGAGGGAACCUUGAAACCAUACAACCUCGUGCUCUUACUAUUCUUACUCUUGGCACGCUGAUCGAUUCAAAGCAGUUUAAAACUGCAUUAUCUCUAAUGAGGAAGCAGAGAUUAGACCUUAAUCUCAUCAUUGACCAUAAUCAAAAACUUUUCUUAGACGAAGUUAACAAUUUUGUAAACCAAAUUGACCCUCAGUGGAUCACUCUACUAGUCACUGAGUUGUCUGGUGAAGAUGUCACUGCAAAUUUAUAUAAGCAAUACUACAAGAAAAAGGAUACUUCCUUCCUCAACGGUUCUAAAGUCAAGUCCGUCUGCGAAGCUCUCUUAUCUGUUAUGUCAACUGAGGAUUUAAGGAAGAAAUACAUUUUUCCGAUCUUGAGUGCUUUAGUUAAAAUUGGUGAAAUGAGUAAAGCGAUUCAGUUAGCCAGCAACGAAGUCGCAAUGCAACAUUUAAUGUUCAUUGUCGAUUCCAAUAAAUUGUAUAUGGAAGCAUUGGGUGUUUAUGAUUUGAAUGCUGCCUUGAAAAUUGCUGGAAAGUCACAGAAAGAUCCAAAAGAAUAUAUCCCUUACUUAAAUUCGUUGAAAUCUAUGGAACCUAAUUACAUGAGAUUUGUAAUAGAUAAAAAAUUGAAGAGAUACGAGUCUGCUUUGAUGCACAUAAGUAAAUGUUGUGAUGAGUGUGAAGAAGAAUGUCUAAAAUUUAUAGAAGAUAAUUCAUUGUACCCAUCUGCUUUGAAGAUAUUUAAAAAUGAUUUAAAAAGAUCUUCAGUUAUCGCAUCAAAGUAUGCCGCAUAUUUAUUCAAGGAGAGACAUUACGAGGAGUCUGGUAUUAUGUAUUUACGCAGCGAUGAUAAAGAAAAAGCCCUUCAAUCAUUUACAAGAGCUGGUAAUUGGAGGCAAUGCAUGAUCAUUGUUAUGGAUUCAAAUUUUAGUAAUGAAGAGCAGCAAAAACAUGCUGAAAAUGUUUGUAAUAUGUUAAUAUCCGCGCAUAAAUAUUCAGAAGCUGCAAUACUGUCCUCAGAAUGGUUGUUGGAUCAUGAUAAAGCUGUAGAAAUGUAUACUCAAGCAAGAUGUUGGAAAGAAGCCAUCUAUACUGCAAAGAAGUUUGGAAAGUCCAGUUUGAUUGAUACGAUUAUCAAAGAUGCUCUCAUCGAAACUGCUAACAUCCUAUCAGAAGAUAUUAAUACUCAGUCAGAUAAAACUAAGAAAUAUGUAGAAAGGUUGAAAACUGUUAGGAUUGAAAAAGAGAAUCGUACUGCUUACAUCUUUGAUGACAUGAGUGAUACCGCUUCUGAAACUAGCAGCACAUCAUCUGUUCGAACUAAAUCUUUUCAAUCAAGGUCUAGCAAAAACACAAAAAAGAUGAGUAGAAAAAUGUGGAGCUUAAAAGAAGGAAACCCAAGAGAAGAAGAAGCUCUCGUUGCUACAUUAAGUAGCAUUAUUUCUUCGACGGAAAAAUAUGUUGGUGAAGUUCACUCGGCGUGUUCUUCAUUGCUGGUUUUCCAAGAAGAUGAACUAGCUGGGAAACUUCAGUCAGCUCUCGACGAAUGGCUAUCUAUAAUAGAUAAAUCCAAAAACAUCAUUUGGCCCAAGGAAGCUGGAACAAAUGAAGCAUCUGUUUUAGAUGAAAAAUUCAAGUAUCCACCUGAAGUCAGUAUAAAACAAGAGUGGAAAUUCAAUUUACUAAAGUCUUAGCCAAUCUUUUAAUGGAAUUUUAAAAUAAUUUGUAUUUUAAAAAUAAUUGUUUUAUACUAAGUAUUGCAAUGAAUACCUUGAAAGAAAUUAAAGGUAUAUACUGAGAUUGGAUUUACAAAGAAAAGAAGGAAUGAAUUUGUUGUUAUUUGUUGAAUCAUGUAAAGUUUUUUAAUGUAUGAUUUUUUUUUUAAAUAUUGUAAAUUUUAAUUAAACAGUUAUAUUUUUAAU